GGGAGGAGAGGAGGAGGAGGCAGAGCAGCAGCUACACAGCAUUUUCAGUGACAUCAUCAAGCUACCAACCAAACCAGGCGCUUCAGCGAGACAGACAGAGAGAAUAUAAUUUUAUUCCUGUCAUCCAUUUUUUGUUUGUGUUUUUGGGGGAUUUUUAUCUCACUCUAUCUACUGCAUCACUCUACGCUACGGUGUUGUAAUCGUAUGGCCAGACAGAGACAGUCUGUGAUGUAGACAGAUACGCAGACGGAGAAUGACAGCGAGACUAGAGGAGAAGCUGUGAGAAAAGGAACCAUAACAACAGAGAGAGUGAGAAGCAACGAGAGAGAGAGAGAGAGAGAGACAGAGAGAGAGAGAGAGAGAGACAGAGAGAGAGAGAGAGCGACAGAUAAAACAAGGAUGCUGUGGAUUGAAUGAAAGAAGAAACUGGACAGUCCUAAGUCUGUCCUCCGGAUGCGAGCGUCUGCUCCUCUCCUCCACCGCAGUGCAGCAAGGUAAAACACACCACGGAUCUCAUCGGCUGCUACACGCUCACAGUCCCCGACACACUCUCCCUCCGGCCCAGAAGGAGGAGGAGGGGGAACAGCUGGAUGUGGAGGGUGUUGGGGGAGCAUCAGGAGCAGGACAGGGGGGGGCAGACCUAGCAGUGGAGGAGAAUGGGAGCUGAGCAGUCCCUGGAAGAUGGACAGGCCCCCAGUCUAACCAAGGAGCACACAGAGACCAUGAGCUCAGACUCUGACGGAGCGUUCGAGACACCGGAGUCGACCACCCCUGUCAAGUCCCCCACUGGAGAGACAGACCAUCAUACCCAGCUGCUGACCUCGGAAGACACCGGUCUUGGCUGUGACUCUGAGGCAGAUGGUGAACCCGGGUCAGAGGCUAAAGGUCACCAUGGUAGCUCCCUGUCCAUAGUCUUUGACGAGGACAAGCCCAUAGCUGCUAGCGGAGCCUAUAACCUAGACCAGCUCAUUGCUGCUGCUGCUGCUGCUGCUGAGGCCCAGAGCCGAUCAACUCUAACCCGCUCUCUGAGCCUCCAGGCUGGGGAGUUAGACGGCUCCGGCCCCCUAGACAGCGUAGGAUCUUCCCUCUCAAUCGGAGACUCCCGUCCCUUGGCUGAGGCCUUUAGUAUCGACAGUGGUACUGAGAGUGCUCCUGGGACCCUCCGCAGACCGUCCAAGAAGGGGCCUCUCCGCCCUGGCGGCUCCCUGAAAAAGAAGCCUCUCCUCAGGCAGAGCUCUAACCCAGAGAGCCCCCAACCUCCAUCCUCUGGUAUCACACCGGAGCUGAAAAAGAGCACCAGAGCAUCUAGCCCCCUAUUAGGCUCCGAGGACCAGGAAGUAGGAGGAGCCACAACAGACUCAGGCCCUGCCUCGGCCACGCCCAGUCCGGGAGGCACGCUCCGCAGAACCAGGAAGUCACGCGUGGAUAGCCCCGCCGCUCUCAUUGAAGAGACCAAUCACACUAGCCCAGCGACAGAUAACCAACCAAUCCCAACCCCUACUCCUGUUCCGACCCAGGAGGAUACCCCCAUCCCAGUGCCGGAAGCCCCUCUCCCAGCCAGUGAGGGCUCGUCACCCAUCCCCCCUAGUGGGACCUACAAAUGGGACCCAGACAACUUUGAGGACAUCGACCCAUUCAACACCGGAGGUAGUAAAGUCGCUAACUCCCCCCCGUUGGGACGGAAAGGAGUCGCUAACUCCCCCCCAUUGGGACGGAAAGGAGUCGCUAACUCCCCCCCAUUGGGAAGGAAAGAAGUCUCUGUGUCCAUUGCUCAUAAAACUGUCACCCCUGUGUCUAACCCCCCUCCUGUCUCUACUGAGGAACAAGCUCGUCCCUCUACCAGCCCCCCUAUUCGCACCUCAGGGGCGGUCAGACUGGAGUUUGACUAUUCUGAGGAGACCCUCGAGGAGCCUCCUAAGGCCUCUCCACCUCCCAAGAAGCUGGGCAGGAAGCCAGGCUCCAAGAUGCCUCUGAGGAAGCCCAGGAUGGGCCUGAAGAAGGUCGUCCAGCCGCCAUCGGAAGCCCUCGACAACACGCCCGCCACCGUCCCCGGUGAUGACCUCCCUAUCCAUAAGGCUUCCUAUAACUUUGACCCCGCUCAGUGGGACGACCCUAACUUCAACCCGUUCGGCUCUAACAGCGAGAUCCCCGUCUCUCCGAAGCUGAACAAACCCUCCCGUAGAUUCGACUCUGACACCUUCGACGAAUCUCCUGCCUUCAAGUCCUCCUCCAAUAGCAUGGCUGCGUCUCCGCCCACGGCUGCCUCAGCUUCUGCCUCCUUUGAGGUGUCGGCCAAUGACAAUGAGGUUGAUAACGAUAAUGAUAACGUUGGUGAGCUGGAGGACCACAACCAGAACAAACCAUCCAAAACGAAGAAGAAACCUAUCAAAUCGAACACUUUCAGAGUCAAGAGGUCCCCAAAGAGGUCGGCCAUGUCUGAUCCAUCAUCACAAGAGCCCACCCCAGUAGAUGAAGCCCAGCCUCCUAUUCCCCCGCUACAGGACGACCACGCCACAGACGAGGAGAAGCUGGCCUCUUCCUCCAAUCACAAAGAGAAGCUUGCUUCCUCAGCCAAUCACAAAUGGGCAUCCAUGGAGGCGGAGCCCCAGGAGGACUUCCCGCAGCCAUCUGACCUCACAGCCUUCGUCAACGAGAACAAUCGAGUGCCAGACUAUGAGAUUGAGUACAUGGAGAAGAUCGGCCCCCCUUCGCCGACUCUGUUUGUGAAGAAACCUUCAACUCUCUACCUGAAGCUGGACUCUGUGACAGACAGCCUCACCAAGCCUAACCAAGGAUCAGAACUCAACUCUCCCUGCACAGGGUACAACACACUGGGGUACAACACCCUGGGGUACAACACCCUGGGGAGUUUUGAGGAGAUAGAGGCCCAGAUCACAGCCCAGAUGAAGACUCCUGUGCUGGGCUCCAGACCUGGUCCAGAAGGGUCUCGACCCGGUCUUGAGGGGUCCACUGGAGAGAAAGAGAAGACCAGGAAGAGAGAGAGCCAGUCACUCAGCCGGACACAGAGCACAGACAUUGAGCAUGGUGCGAAACCCACCCAGGGCUCUAUGGAGGUCCAAGGUCCAGCCCCUGGCCCAUCCCCAGACGUACCCUUCUUAGCCAGGCUGUCUGAGUGCCCUGACCCCCUAGCCUACCUGGAGGCUGUGGAGACUGACCUGGCAGAGACCAACCCCACUGCUUUCGCCCUCAAACUACAGGAGGAACUGGUUCUAGCUGCUCUGAGGAUAGAGGCUCUUCAGGUAGCCAAACACAUCUCAGACAGCCCCUCCCUCUCCACUGUCACCCCCCAGCAGAGAGACAGAGAAGUGAUGUCAUCAACACUGGACAGGGACUGCGGCGAUACCAACAGUUCUCUCUACACCCGGACAGCGGGCUACGGAGAGGGGGAGAGGGAGAGCCCCUACCCACCCAAAGACAUGGAGCACUCCUUGGGCAUCGCACGAGAAGAGAUCGUGUCCAAGGAGAAGGAGGUACUGGAGUGGCAGAGGAAAUACGAGGACAGUCGACAGGAAGUGCUGGAGAUGAGGAGAAUCGUGGCAGAGUAUGAGAAGACCAUUGCACAGAUGAUUGGGCUGCCAGACGAUGAGCAGAAGGAUAAGUCUCUGUCUCACCACACCAUCCAGCAGCUGAUCAUAGAGAAGGACCAGGCUCUUUCAGACCUCAACUCUGUAGAGAAGAGUCUGGCUGAACUGUUCAGACGUUACGAGAAGCUGAAGGACGUCCUCGAGGGCUACCGCAAGAAUGAGGAGGUGCUGAAGAAAUGCGCUCAGGAGUACCUGUCCAGGGUCCGUAAGGAGGAACAACGUUACCAGGCCCUGAAGAUCCACGCCGAGGAGAAACUAGACAAGGCGAACUCCGACAUCGCCCACGUGAGGAUGAAGUCCCGUCAGGAGACAGCAGCGUACCAGGCCUCUCUCAGGAAGGAGACUAUGAAGGUGGACUCACUGGAGAGAACUCUUGAGCAGAAGAACAAAGAGAUCGAAGAACUGACCAAGAUCUGUGACGAGCUGAUCGCCAAGAUGGGAAAGAGUUAGCAACACUGAAUACGUCCAUGUCUCCAGGGCCUGAGGGGAAGGACUGGUAGAAGAAUAGAAGAAAGAUAAAGAGAGAGGAUGUGGAUGUGGAGAGGAUGUGGUUUUCUCUUUUACGUCCAAACUUUCACUUUGGACUGAUGGGCAGCUGGACAGAUGGACAGUUGAAGCCAAAGUGGUUUCUGGAUUUAAUAUACUACUGACUGACUGUGUAUCUACUGGCAUCAUUGCACCCCCAGAGUAUUGGGGAGGGUCAAUGGUUUUCUUCUGUUUCACCCAGUACAUUUUGAUGUGCCAAUGUGCAAAACAUGUCCUGUAUCAGGGAUCCUGUGAAAAAGUGUUUUGAAAUGUACUCUAUAUCAUCAAUGAGAGAGAUAGUGUGAUGUGUGUGGGUGUGUGGGUGUGUGUGGUGUGUGUGGUGUGUGGGUGGGUAUGUACAAGUGUGCAACUCAGUCUCAUGUACACAUUUACAGUUUGUACACAUGUUGUGGUGUGUGUGUGUGUGUGUGUGUGUGUGUGUGUGUGUGUGUGUGUGUGUGUGUGUGUGUGUGUGUGUGUGUGUGUGUGUAUGUGUGUGAGAAAGCAUGUGCGUGAUAGAGAGAAAGGUGAGUGCAUUGAUUGAAGAUAGACCGAUAUGCGAUGUGGUUGCCAUGACAGCAAAUGAUGGGGACAUACGGUUCCCUCUUCCAACUCCUGCUGUGUCUUCAAUCCUCAACACUAGAGAGUGAAACACAGAGGAAAAGAAAACCAUAUAUAUAUAUAGAAUAAAUCAAUGAAUCGUUCAGUUAAUAAGAAAUAUACUUGAUCACAGAGAACUGCAUGUGGAAGUAGAAAAAUAUAAACGUCCUUUUUGUUUUGUAAGUAGGAAGUUGAUGAUUAUAAUAGAGAUAUAUAUAUAUAUAUAUCUGGAUUUUGAUACAAUAUUGUGUUUAAAUGGCUUCCCUUGGUCGUGUUAUCGUGCAGAUACUUUGUGAGGCGUAAUUUUAUGUCAUAUCUUUUCUUGGAGAAAAAACUAAACGUGUGAUAGGAUUUUAUUUAUUUUAAUUUUAAUAUUGAUGACGAUGAACGGUAAUUAUUCCUGUAAUAAUCAGGUGUUGGGACUGAGGGUAGGUAAAGUAAUUCAAUCUUGGAUCUCUAUGUCACAGUCCUGUUAUAAUUGAUGUGUUCACAAGGUGGAAGCAAUUGAAAAAAGAGCUCUGCACAGCUACACGUCUGGGUUCAAAAUGUUGAGUGUUUGUUCUGGCCUAGAGCGCCAAAUGGCCGGAGUUUGCAGUUUUGGGACGAUUCUAUUAAUCUGUUAAACCAGGCAAGAUCAAUCAAGCACCGAUAAUGUAAUUGAAUUGAUUUCUAAUAGUAUUUGAACCCAGGUCUGCACAGCUAUAGUGUACAGCAUCUGAAACGUGAAAUAAAGGAUGACAAUAGAAA